AUGCCCCAACAAGUAAAAGACAUCAAAAAGUUCCUCGAGAUCGCUCGAAGAAAGGACGCUACCCUCGCCCGAAUCAAGAAGACAGCCAUCAAAUCAUCUACCUCCGCUUCCCUCAAAACCAAAGCCGCCAAAAAGGCUCCUACCCACGUAACCAAAUUCAAGAUCAGAUGUUCUAGAUACCUUUACACUUUGGUCCUCGACGAUGCUGAGAAAGCCGAGAAAUUGAAGCAAUCUCUUCCUCCUGGAUUAAAGGUCGAGGAGGUAUCUAACAAAGCCCCCAAGAAGAAGUAA